CAGCUCGUUCAGUGCGAUUGGCAGCUAGGCGGCCUCUUCCCCAUUCAAUGGGCAAGGGAAGAGUCAGUGUCCCUGUCUUGCUCGUCCGUGGUCUUGCCCAGCCUGUACAAACAGAUCGUGACACCAUCACCCGUCUCCUCUACUCCAUCGGGUCCAAAACCGAAGUAUCCCGCUACCUUCGUAUCUUCAGCUCCUCCUCCCACCCUUCCUCUCCCGCAAAGUUCGCCGUCAUCAAAAUAGGCGGUGCGAUCCUCACAGACCAACUGCAAGACCUCUCUCUCUCCCUCUCCUUCCUCUACCGCGUAGGACUCUACCCUGUCGUGCUACACGGUGCUGGUCCGCAGCUGAACGAGAUCCUCGAGAGUGCCGGAGUUGUGCCGGACUACAUCGACGGGAUCAGGAUUACCGACCCUCAGACGCUAGGCAUCGCCCGCCGCGUAUUUCUCGAAGAGAACCUCCGGCUCGUAGGAGCACUCGAAGCGCUCGGCACGCGUGCUAGGCCCAUCACUUCAGGCGUAUUCACAGCCACGUAUUUGGACAAAGACAAGUACGGAUAUGUGGGCAAGAUCACCCGGGUCGAUAAGCGGCCUGUUGAGGCUUCGAUCCGUGCUGGUGCGCUUCCAAUCCUGACCAGUCUGGCGGAGACGACAGAAGGACAGAUGUUGAAUGUGAACGCUGAUGUGGCCGCUGGGGAACUGGCGAAGGAGUUGGAACCGCUUAAGAUCGUUUACCUUAAUGAGAAGGGAGGGCUGUUUCAUGGUGUCACGGGCGAGAAACUGGACGUGAUAAACCUUGAUGAGGAAUACAGCGAGCUGAUGAAACAAGAAUGGGUGAAAUACGGCACCAAGCUCAAGCUGCGCGAGAUCAAAGAGCUGCUCGACCACCUGCCCCGCACAUCAAGCGUAGCGAUCAUCCGGCCCGACAUGCUACAAAAAGAGCUGUUCACUGACUCGGGCGCCGGGACGCUCCUCCGCCGGGGGUACAAGCUGUUCAAACACUCUACGCUCGAGGCGGUGGGGAUCGAUAGGUUGCGACAGAUCAUCGCGGACCGGGACGCGGAUGUGCUGUCUGGUCGUACGAGUGUGGCUAGCGAGCUCCAGCUGCUCACGGGGGAUGGGUUGCCCUAUACAGUGUACGGGGACGAGCCACUCGACGCAGUAGCAAUCGUCUCCCACCCCCCUGGCGAACCUGCAGUCCUCCGCAAGCUCCUGGCAAGCAGGACAGGAGUGUUAAACAAUGUGUUGGACAACGUGUGGAAUGCCCUGAGAAAGGAACAUAGGAGGCUGUUUUGGACUGCUACGGUUGAGGAGGAGGUCGUCCCUAGGAAUUGGCAUUUCGAGAGGGCGGAUGGGAGUUUUACGAGGGCGGGACGGAGCCUAUUCUGGUACGGGAUCCAGGAUGCGGGGGAAGUAGAACGCUCCGUCCGCUUAUUUGAAGAAAAAGGCCGCAUAGAGCGCUCUUACCUCCCACUCGUACGCCGUCCAGGCGGGUCACACAAUACAGUCCCAUCCGUAUCCAACUCGGACCGUGGGACGCCAUUCUCUCCCUCUGGCUCGAGGCGGGCGUAUAGCACCUCCCCCCCCUCCACCUCUGGGGAAAGGAAACGCCUGGCCUUGAUUGGCGCGCGCGGAUUUACGGGCUCGGCACUCAUCAGCCUGCUCGCCCGUCACCCGCUACUCGAGCUGGCGCACGUCUCAUCCCGCGAACUAGCCGGGUUUCCGCUAGAAGGCUACCGGAGUCCGAAGAACUACGAAUCCCUCUCACCCUCCGCUGUGGGCGAGCUCGAGAAGUCUGGCAUGGUGGACGCUUGGGUGCUGGCGUUGCCUAAUGGCGCCGCGGCGCCGUUUGUGCAGGCGAUUGAGCAUGCCCAGGGACAGGGGGUGGUGCUGGACUUGAGUGCGGAUAAGAGGUUUGAACGCCCGCAGGAUGGGGAGGGUGGGCAGGGGUGGGUGUAUGGACUGCCUGAACUAUACGGCCGGGAACCCCUCCGCAGUGCAAAACGGAUCUCCAACCCAGGGUGUUACGCGACCAAUACCCAGCUCUUGCUCGCUCCUCUCCUGCCCUACCUGGAGCUUUCCCGCCCGCCGACGGUGUUUGGUAUGUCGGGGUACUCGGGCGCGGGGACUCUGAAGGGCCAGGGCCAGGGACAGGCUCUUGGCCGGCCUGGGAGUGUGCCGAAAGUGGACCCGCAAGAAUUGGGAGGGGCGGUAAGACCUUACAGUCUUACAGACCACAUCCAUGAGCGGGAAGCUGCUUUCCACUUAUCCUCUCUCUUAGGAGCCCAAGGGGACGGGCAUGGGAAGGGGAAGCAACUGGAAAUAGCGUUCAUCCCUAGUGUCGGACCCUGGUUCUCGGGCAUCUUGAGUGUCCUUUCCGCUCCUCUGUCAAAAUCGUUCAAAGCUUCCAACAUCUGGGAACUGUAUGAGCAGUAUUACGCACACGAGCGGCUCGUCCGGAUCCAAAAAGAUCGGGCGUCGCCGUUGCAGGUAAAGGACGUGGCUGAUCGACAGGGAUGGACUGUUGGGGGCGUACAGGUCCAUUCGGGAGGGAAGAGAGUUGUAGUCGUUGCGGGGUUGGAUAACCUUUUGAAGGGUGCGGCGACGCAGUGUUUGCAGAACUUGAACCUUGCACUGGGGUAUGAGGAGUUAAUGGGUAUUCCGUUGGAUGAGGAAUGAUGGGAGCACGCAGGGUAUUUAGGGAAUAGGGCACGGGACAUGGGACAUGGGACAGUAAGGAUGUGCAUUUGAUACGUUGGUUCUUGGAUAGAAGAAAU